AUGAGCGAGCUUCAGAAAUCUUUUGCAAAAUCUCGACUGGCUGGAUUACCCCCAGAGGUGCCCUUGUUUGAGGACCCGAGUGAGGAUAGAGAAAAUGACCAUGAUGGUAGUGCCGUCUCAAGGCAUUAUGAACAUCAAGAUGAUGAUUCGUCUUCAGCUUCAUCAGCAUCCUCCGCUGGGACUGUGAUACCAUCCGCGAGCAAAAACCUAUUCGCGCGCUCGUCUCGGUUAACAUCCUCAAGGGCAGAAGCCGCACCAUUAUCAUGGAUGGACUUUUUUGACCGUGAGCUGUAUCUGGACGAGGAUGUCGAUGGCUUGCACAUCACCCACCAUGUGUACAUCAGUGCGCCUUCAGACUCCGGUCCUUUGUUUGUCACCCACCAUGGAGCUGGAUCAUCGGGCCUUUCUUUUGCUGCCUGUGCGGUGGAAAUCAAAAAGCUUCUUCCUGCCGCUGGCAUAUUAUCCCUAGACGCGCGACACCAUGGAAGUACCUCCGUAAGAAUGUCUCAGGAUGCUGAAAAUAAUUCACAGGUCGAGAUGGAUUUGACCCUCGACACUUUGUCUCGUGAUUUGCUCUUCGUGAUAGAGCAAACUCGAAUAAAGAUGAACUGGGAAUCACACCCGGAUGUCGUUUUAGUUGGCCACAGUUUGGGCGGAGCUGUGGUCACCGAUGCUGCCAGCAAAGGCGAACUUGGGUCGAAGCUGCUGGCAUAUGCCGUUUUAGAUGUUGUUGAAGGUUUCAUCAGCUUGAUCAAAACUAAUAAUGCAAGCACUCGAUCACGAACGAUCCGCAAUACCUUGUCCGCACGUGCGUCUGUGCCAUCUCUACUUCGUGAAGACCCAUCCGAUAGCUCCAGACCGUGGAAGUGGCGUACAGAUCUAGCAGCAACGAAGCCGUUUUGGGAGAAUUGGUUCAUCGGCCUGAGCAAGAAGUUCCUUCAAGCUCGCGGGGGCAAACUGCUGUUGCUGGCUGGAACAGAUCGCCUUGAUACCGAGCUUAUUAUUGGGCAGAUGCAGGGCAAAUAUCAGCUCCAAGUACUCCCAGAAGCUGGACACUUUAUCCACGAAGACCAGCCCGCAAAAACAGCACAGAUCCUCGUCGACUUCUACAAACGGAACGACAGAAGCGCCCUCAUUCUCCCGCCCAAAGUCGGUGAUAUCUUGGCGGCGCAGGCUAUGGCGAAGGGAGUUGGGGGUGGGAAUGACAGCGGGUUCCCGCCAAGCAACUGGAAAAAGUCAACCCCCUGA